GGGGGGUGGAUGUGUGUGUCUGUGCUCCCAUGUCCCUCCUCCCAGCCUGCCUGAGUGGCCUAGCUUCACCGUACAUAGAUAAACAAGAGGUAUUCAGUGAUGCUUCAAUCUGUCGUGUGAGCUCUGAAAAUAAGCGAUUGGGAAGCGUCAUGUUAUAAUAGAGGCAGUGCGGUAGUGAAUCUCAUCUCGUAGACGGCAAAAGCAGUGAUGUACAUGCUCUUACGUGCCACCGAGACCAAGAACGAACGGUGAUUGAGACACGCAAGACUGACCCUACGAUUGGAAAGACCCAGACAUUGAGGAGGCAUUCAUAAGACAUUCACAAGCAGUUACAAGUGAAGGAAAGGCAAGGCAACGAAAUCUCAAUGAAUACGUAAGAAUGGGAGGUGAUUGAUAGACGUAACUCCGACCCUUCGAUUGGAAAGACCAGGAGAUUAGUAAGGCAAUCGUAAGAGAUUCGUAAGAGCGUCAUAAGUGAAGGAACUUGGAAUUCACACGCAGAUAAGCAGUUUAAUGGAAGGGAAAGCUAUGAAAUCUGUGAAUACGUAAGAGAAAGACUGAGACAUUUGUAAGACACUCAUAAGAGCGUCAUAAGUGAAAGAACUGGGAACUCACAUGCACAUAAGCAGUUUAAUGGAAGGGAAAGCUAUGAAAUCUGUGAAUACGUAAGAGGAAGACUGAGACAUUCGUAAGACACUCGUAAGACAUUUGUAAGACCGUCAUAAUAAAAGAACUGGGAAUUCGCGUGCACAUAAGCAUUCUAAUGGAAGGGAAAGCUAUGAAAUCUGUGAAUACGUAAGAAUGAUGGUUGAUUAGAAAAAACGAGGCAUUGGUAAGACACUCGUAAGUCAUUUGUAAGACCGUCAUAAGUGAAGGAACAGGGAAGUCACAUACACAUAAGCAGUCUAAUGGAAGGGAAAGCUAUGAAAUCUGUGAAUACGUAAGAAUGGAAGAUGAUCGAUUAAAAAGACCGAGACAUUCGUGAGACACUCGUAAGACAUUUGUAAGACAGUUAUAAGUGAAGGACGAGGAAAUCCACACUCAUACUCAGUCUAGUCGAAGGAAAAGCGACAAAAUCUUCCCCAAUACGUAAACCAAAAGAAAGCCAAGACAGAACCAUCAUGGCACGCACUCGUAAAGCGCCGAAGAUGCCGAGACUUGUGCGCGGCCGGACCCCUUGACGACGGCCGCCCACGAGCAUCAAUCUCCGUCCCCUUGUCAGAAUAUCGUCCGCUGUCGCCUACUCUUCCGCUCUUCUCUCUGCUGAUGCUGCAAAAAUGUGGUCGUAUUUUGGAAGCAAGCAGAGGAGGCCAAGCGCUUCCUCUGUCAUGGAUUAUAUACGACGGAUCAGAGUGUGUGGUCCGCGUCUCUUCGAGGAUGCCGUCGAGUCGAUUCCUGGCGGCGGAGGGCGGAACGCGUCGUCGGAUGUUGUGACGAGUCCGAGCGAUUCGUACGGCGAUGCAGCCAGCCACCACAGCCCCCUACUGGAGCCUUCAUUGACUGACGCGAGAGAUGGGUCCAAUGAAGGCUUGGACUCGACUUCCCCUGCCAAGCCCUCCUCCCGCACUACCUCUGCCUCCUCCCCUUCCAAGGCCUCAGAUGGCCGGGUGGAUGACCUGCAGCCCUUCUUCACCAGCGGAGUGCCUCGCAGCUUGGUGGAUUAUGACCGGAUGUACGAUGAGGAUGACGACCAGGAGCUGGGGUCCAUGGAGGGGCACGGCUCCAUCAUCCACCACCUACUGUCUCAGGUCAAGAUCGGAAUGGACUUGACGAAGGUUGUUCUUCCGACCUUCAUCCUGGAGAGGCGAUCGCUGCUUGAGAUGUACGCAGACUUCUUCGCCCACCCCGACCUUUUCUGCAGUAUCCCGGACAUGACCACCCCCCAGGAUCGUAUGGUACAGGUCGUCAAGUGGUACGUCUCUGCCUUCCACGCUGGUCGCAAGAGUGAGGUCGCCAAGAAGCCGUACAACCCUAUUUUGGGCGAGGUCUUCAGAUGUUACUGGGACGUGCCAGGCAGCUCGUCGGAAGGGGACCUGGUUCUCGAUGGUCCAAUCCCCUGGGCCACCACCAACCACCUCUGUUUCGUGGCGGAGCAGGUCUCGCACCACCCGCCAAUCUCCGCCUUCUACGCGGAACACAAGUCAAAACGCAUCUCAUUCUGCGGACACAUCUGGACCAAGUCAAAGUUCCUGGGGCUGUCGAUAUGCGUCAACAACAUCGGGCAGGGCUGCGUCUCUCUCCUGGACCAUGACGAGGAGUAUAUUCUCAACUUCCCGAGCGGUUACGGCAGGUCCAUUCUGACGGUGCCGUGGGUGGAGUUGGGCGGCACUUGUCAGAUCACAUGCAACAAGACUGGCUACAGCGCUAACGUGGAGUUCCUGACCAAGCCAUUCUACGGAGGGAAGAAGCAUCGAAUAUCAGCGGAAGUCUUCAGUCCGGGAGAACGGAAGCCUUUCUUGACAGUGGACGGAGAGUGGAACGGAGCGAUGGUGUCACGGAGCAGAGACUCGCAGCAGGAUGCCGUUCCCUUCGUGGACACCCAGGGCAUGGCCACUGUCAAGAAGAACGUCAAGCCCAUCGCAGAGCAGACCGUCAACGAGUCCAGGUUCAUGUGGAAGGAAGUGACGGCAGGACUUAAAUUCAACCAGAUCGACGAGGCAACCAAUGCCAAGUACGCCCUGGAGCAGAAGCAGCGCGAGGAGGCAAAGUAUCGCAAGGAGAACGGCCUGGAGUGGGAGACCAAGCUGUUUGACCUGGUGGCUGACAACUGGGUGUACCGAGAGCCCCUACUCAAGCGAUUCAGUCAGCGGUACAACUGAUGCAGAGUCCCUAGGGAGCAUUUGAUAGGGACUGGCAUGCAGGGAUUUGAUUUUCUCGUGCCCGGAGUCAAGGCGAGGGUCGGGAGGUUCGUAAGGAAGGAUUUGAUAGGGAUGGUCUUGCGAGGGGUUGAUUUUCUCGUACCCGGAGUUGAGGCGAGGAUUGGAAGGUUUGUAGGGGAGCAUUUGAUAGGGAUAAGCUCACAGGGCUUUGAUUUUCUUGUACCAGGAGUCGAGGGGGGAGUCGGAAGUCUCGUAAAGUCACACAUGCUAUUCCAGACACACUCCAUUGCAGCGAAGCGAAAGAACUUUGCUUACGGCAGCUCUGAGCGGAGACAUUGGUGGUCCUUAAGGCUGUACUCUGUCCUGUUCUCCUGACAUGUUUUCCACCCUCAAGGGGAUGAAGAAUGUAAUCAAAUAUUUGUCCAAGAUGUUGUAACUGAUUCAUGAUUACGUAGCAGCUCUCGGCGAUAAUGAGAAGGAAACGUGAUCUGAGUUGGAGGAUGUUCAGGGAAUGUCUUAACUAUUGUACAGACAGAAACCAUAAUAUAAACAUGCACACACAGACAUUUCCGAGUGCGUCAUAAAAAGUGUUAUGGGUUUGAAGUUUACGGAAUGUCUAUAAAAUGUCUGAAUAUGAGAAUUACUGAUUGACAAGUGAGGCAGCUGACUACACCAUGCCAUCGCGAGAGAGCUAAAGGAAUGAAACUACGGACGCUGGAAUUACUGAUUGACAAGUUAGGCAGCUGAUUAAAUUAUGCUGUGACGAGAGAGCUAGACGAAUCAAACUAAGGAGAGCAUUCUGCCUGAGUCCUCGUGAUGGAGUGUGACUGGGAUAGCACGUGGAGGCUUUACAAACACACUAGACUCCUCAGUUAAGUGUUACACAUGCACACUAGUCUAGCAAAUCAGAGUGAGCAGUGUAGUUGCACAAGUCUGGGUAGUCAUAAUAGGAGGUUUCUGAUCAUCUAUGCAAGAACUAUUACUGUAUCUAUUGGGCUUGAGUAUGUCUGUAUGGAGAUUGGAUUCUGUCACUGGGCUAGUCGUCUUAUGGGAUCAAAUUGUAUCAUAGGGUUUAAUCUGUUUAUUGCAUAGGAACGCUGGGAGUUUUAAGCAGGGGUGUGGAGGCAAUGUUGGUAAAGAGAGAGAGGGAACAAAAAUUAGAGUUUGAGAGACAGAAAGAAAGAAAGAGUUAGUGAGAGAGGUAAAGAAAGUGAGUGUGAGAGAGAGAAAGAAAGGAUGAGAGUGAGUUAGAGAAAGAGAAAGGAAGUUAAAAUGUGAGAGAGAGAAAGAAAGAGAACAUUACUGAGAAAGAGAGAAAAAGUUUACAGUUUGAGAGAGAAAACUAUCGACUCCAACUCCUUUACGAUACGUGCGAUGAUGUGUGGCUGGCUGUGGUGUGGUGUGGUGUGACUUCCCUACCACACUGUACUGUAAAAGAGAGGGAAGAAGGAGGAGGAGGAGGAGGGUGAAAUCAUAAUCAGAAUAGGGAGUCACAACCUUUAAAUUCCCUGGUCGUAGUUGGAGUCAAAAUUUCUUAUACCUGCCUCCACAUCCCUGAUUUUAAGCCACGUGUCCUGCCGGUGAGCUGAUCGGUGACGCGGUCGGUGUGCAUACGCUAAGGCCAGUCCGUUACCAGUACCAAAGUCUACCGAGUAUAUCAUCCGCAGGUGCUGUUCAUAAUCUUCGCAUUUGUCUUCGGAACGGCGUAACACAAUGUCCAUAAUAGUAAUAACCAUAGUAGCAUGUAAUGUAAUACUCGCCGUUAUUACAUCAGACAAAACCUCACUCUGUCAUGGAUGGAGUAAGGCUAAAACACACACACACACACACACAUACACACCGAAAGAUCAGUUACGCUGCACAAGGUUAUCGAAGAAAGCGAGUUAUUUUAAACCGAGGACAGGUAUGAAGAGAUUUAAUAGUAAUAAUAAUAAUGGUAAUAAUUGUAAUAUAUAAUAAUUGAAUGGUAUCGGAAGGCUUAACUGUUCUCAUAAUAUACAGACCACAUUAUUGAUGAAAGUUUCUGGCAUGUCUGUUGCUCCUGGACUGUUAAAUGCCCCUCCAACAGUGAGAGAAAAAAAAGAGUUAGUGUGAAAAGGGAAGAAAGUAAGUUAGUGAGAGAAGGAAAGAAAGGAUGAGAGAGAGAGUUUGAAUGUGAGAAUCUUGCCUCAUAUCAGCUGCUAGAAUGCCCAUAUUCCAAGCUCUCCCAUAUGCCAAAAUGUCAAGUCUUCAGUCAAUGGCAGUUUCGCAUUCUCUUGCGCUCUCAUUGAAUUAUACAACUCACUCACCAAUUACUUUUUCCUGUGUCAUAUUUUCAAGAUAGAGCAAUUUAACAUGUCCAAUACAGAAGAUAGAGAAGUUUAACAUGUUGGAUACAGCUAACUCGUACAAGUGGUUUAUAGAAAUUUAACAUGUCCAAUACAGAAGAUAGAGAAGUUUAACAUGUUGGAUACAGCUAACUCGUACAAGUGGUUUAUAGAAAUUUAACAUGUCCAAUACAGAAGACAGAGAAGUUUAACAUGUUAGAUACAGCUAACUCGUACAAGUGGUUUAUAGAAAGCUCAUAGGCAGCGGUGUCUGGCUGAUUUUUAUUACUUCUGGAGGGAAUGGCCGAGGCAGGGAGGGCUUGUAGUAUGGGCGCAGGACCCUGGAAUGUCUGCAGAGAUCAUGGCAAUAGAGAGAGAAGCAAUAACUAGACAAUAACUGCUAUAAAAUGGCGCACUUACUCGUGUUAAAGUCGAUCUUGCACUGAAGUUGACCCCUUAUAAUAGAUUCAGUGGAGAAUUUAACCUGUAUGCUCGUAAUAGUGGUAGCAGUAGUGGUAGCGGUAGUAGUAGUAGUGAUAGUAAUAGAAGUAGUUGUAGUAGUAGUAGUGGUAGUUAUAGUACUAGUAAGUGAAUGGGCUGUAUAGUAAACCCCUAGAAAAGUAUUAUCCAUGCCUAACAUUCUAAAUUUGUGCUACAUUAAAAAAUAUAUUCGACUUUUCCAUGAGCUGGUGCGUUGAGUGUUCGGGGCUUAUUCAAGGUGUCCAGGGCAGGGUUUGGCACGGUAGGGAGCAGCGAUGACUGGUCUGAAGUAACAAAGCCUGUUGGUGGGUCUGCAUUUAAGAACAUUACUGCAUUUAUUAUCAUUACGACACAGGGGUAAUUGGGUCGGUGCUCAGUUGAGGUUAUGGUCCAGUAGCGCUCAGUCACGGCGUUCAUUUCGUAAUUUUUCGUUUGUUCUACUUGGCAAUAUCAAACAAAAUAUAUAGUGCAUGUUACGUAGUGAGUAUAGAGAGAUUACAUCUUGUUUUGAUUAUUCUACACGCAUAGGCCAUUUGCAUAUUAUUAUUAUUGUUCCUUUAUUUUAAGUCAUAGCCUGCUGUACGUCAUGUCAGCCUUACGUCAUGCAGUAGCCCACGCCAGACAGCUAAGGACCAGCACCCUGUUGUAACAUAUAUAUACACCCUAUACACACCUUGUAAUAUAUAUCUACCAUGCCUGAACAAAUUAUAAUCUUAUGCGUGUUGUUUAGGGUGAUUACGAGGUGUUUCGUCAUCACAAAGUAUAGGAACACACACUUUGCAGCCACCAUAACCAACAUGUGGAAGAAUUAAACUUGUCAAGGCAUGGUAUAUACAUUACAAGGUGUGUGUAUAUAGAGUGUGGUAUAUAUGGUACAUGUAAUACAAUGUGGUGCUGGCCCAGAUCAAGUCUUGGUCAUCUGCUGUACAUGGUUAGUCAAGCGAAGACUCAGCAGAGGUAGGUUAAUCUUUCAAGCAAGCACAUCACCUUACUCAGCCUCUACAUGGUGCUGCUGUUACACCAUGGGAUGUGUGUGUAUAGUGAGGUACAUGCACACUAGUUUUAUGGCAAGUUUUAUUGAUUUUAAGUCAUUUUAAAGCAUUAGGUUCGGGACAGUCACGGCCAAUGGGACCUAUUGAUGACGUAGGGAAGGCUAUGACUGUGUACUCUUUCAGAAUUUUCUUUGUGUGCUUGUAUGUGUGUGAGAGAGAGAAAGAGUGGAAGUGUCAGAUUGAAGUGCUGUUAUGUGAAAAGGAAGAAAGAAUGGAAGGAAGGAGAAACAAAUGACAAAGAGUGUGUGUGUGUGUGUGUGUGUGUGUGUGUGUGUGUGUACACCUUUAUGUAGUGUGUUAUUACAUACAUUUGUUACAUAGAUUGAUGUUGUUUGAUUUCGCAUGUAACUUGUUAUGACGACAAUAAUUAUAUACAAUAUUUAUUUUGAAAUAAAUUAAAUAUUAUAAAACCUGA